CGCAUUGACACAGAAAGUAUUUGGAAGUGCGCUAAAAAUGAACUUCAACCUAAUUAGCGUCGUGCUGCUGUCGUUCGUUUUGGAAGUGAUCGCGACGCCGAAGCGUUUACCUUGCCCGACGCUCAAGCUGAGAAACGGAAGGGUGCGGUACCGGCAAAAAAAUCGCUUCGUGAAGUUCACGUGCAAUCCUGGCUACAUCAUCGCCGGAGAACGGUACAGCACGUGCGAUAAUGGGCAAUGGGAUGGACUGAUCCCCAAAUGCGUCCGUUCGAGCUGCACUCAGGUCAGCCCGCCCGCCAACGCACUCAUUUACCCUUCGCACCGGGGAGGCGUACUGAAUUUCUUUUGCAAGCCCGGCUACGUACUGCGAGGUGAGAAUGCGACGUAUUGCGACGGUCUUCAUUGGGACAACAAGCUUCCAUCGUGCAUCGAGAGCAACACCGUGCCUAAAUUGCAGUGCGAUUUCGAAACCGUCGACCUUUGCGGAUGGAACCACGACCUUCGCCACGAUUUCGAUUGGAAGCGAAAAAACUUCAGGACCCCCAGCGGCCAUCUGGGCACGGGUCCCAGCUACGAUCACACCAAGGGGGCGAACGAGGCCGGCUACUACAUGUACAUCGAGUCCUCGUUCCGCAACAUAAACGACACGGCCCGCCUCAUCUCCCCGAUCUACGAUAGGAUCAGCGACAGCGACGUCUGCUUCGAGUUCUACUUCCACAUGUACGGCAGCACGACCGGCCAGCUACGGGUGUACCUCAAAAAGGAAUCGGACAAUUGGAAACUGGAGCCGGCGAAGGCGUUCUUUUGGAAGUCGGGGAAUCACGGCGAGCACUGGAUUAGGAGCCGGAGCUUUCUUGGGCCGAUCGACGAAGAUUUCCAGAUCGUCAUCGAAGGUAUCCGAGGUGAGAGUUACUAUAGCGAUAUUGCAAUCGAUGAUGUGAAUAUAAUUCCGAACUGCAUCAUGGACGAUGCCUCGACUGAACGGGACUUUGAGUACACGUGGGAGGACGACGAUACUCAAUCAUGCGCGAACAGGUGCGACACCUUUAACAGCUCACUCCCAUGCGAUUGCGACGAAAAUUGCAUCGACAACAAUCGAUGCUGUUUGGAUUACAUAGCAACCUGUGUGUUGGGAGGCACAGAGGAGUACAGCUCUAUGAGCGUGACAACCGACGCGACCCCUACGGACGAAUCGAGUACGCAGAGUUCUACGUUGGAAACGACCGAAGCGCCCCCAACCACAAGACCAACGCUGCAAACAACCACCACACUUCGAACCACGAAACUGCCUACGCCAAUGAAAAGGACACCCGCAACGACGAAGAGGGUAACAAGUACAACGACAAAGAGACCAACAAGUACAACAACAAAGACGACAACUAGUACAACGACAAAGAGGCCGACAACUACAACAACAAAGACGACAACUAGUACAACGACAAAGAGACCAACAAGUACAACAACAAAGAAGGUGACAAAAAAGGCAACAAGUCCAACGACAAAGAGGACAACAAAAACACCGUCAACAACCAAAAGUACUACAACAACACAAACUAUCCACCACACAACAAAAAUUAUUGCAAUAACCCUCAAAGCGGAAGCAACAACCAGCAAACCAAUUCAGCUACCAAUAGACGAGAUAGUAACCAUCCCAACUUCGCCAGACGAAGAGGACGUCAUCGAUUUCACCCCAUUUACGUCUUCAUUCACCUCGAGCGUGAAGAAGAAUCUCCCUGACAAGGGGGCGAAGGUGCCACCAGUAGAAAAUCGUAACAUAAUCAUUGUUGCAGCCGUACUAACGUUGACGCUGCUUCUGGCGGUGCUAGUAACGAUUCUAAUAAGACGACGUCGGUUCGUCGGAUGUCGAGAUUACAAAAUGAAGAGCUCCACGAGCGACAGUCAGAGCGACGUGCGGUUUUUGACGAGCGACGAGAUACUUAACUUUAAUUUGGCGUAUUGUGACGAUUGAUUGGUAUGAAUACAAUUUUUGUUAGCAA